UCUAGGAUGACAUCUGUGUAUUGACUGUGGCCAGCCUUAAGUCUAGUUAGUGCUGUUUGGAAUGUGCUGCUGUAAACCAGAAUUAUAAAAGCUUUUUCUGUUAACUUACAGCUCAUUGUGCCUUUUGUUUCGGGGGGGAAGAAGAGCUGAUUUAGUGACCUAAAUGGACGCAAUACUGAAUUACAGAUCAGAAGAGACAGAAGAUUACUACACGUUACUGGGAUGUGAUGAGCUGUCUUCGGUUGAACAAAUCCUGACAGAAUUUAAGCUCAGAGCCCUGGAAUGUCACCCUGACAAGCAUCCUGAAAACUCCAAAGCUGUGGAGACUUUUCAGAAACUGCAGAAGGCAAAGGAUAUUCUGACUAAUGAAGAGAGCCGAGCCCGCUAUGACCACUGGCGGAGGAGCCAGGUGUCGAUGCCAUUCCAGCAGUGGGAAGCUUUGAGUGACUCGGUGAAAAUGGUAGGCUUCUCUCUGGGAUGA